AUGCGACUGUCUGGCGUCCAAUCCUCUCGCCUCUCACAAAUAACUACCCGGCGACUCCGCUCCAUCCCCCCACCCUCCCAAGAUGACGACAUCUUCGCCAACAGUCUGCGCAAAACACUAGACGCCCACCGCACCUCUAACCGCGCUCGUCUCAUCCGCAAAACAUACCCCCGAGCUCCAUCCCCCGGUCUGUUUAGACCGUAUAUCCCGCCUGAAAACCGUGCUGGUUACCAGCCACCGCCGCCGCCGGAGAUUGGAUCCGAAGAAGGGAAGGCGGCGAGCGUAAAAAAGCGCUCACGCAGACGGGCCCCGGAAACAAAUACCCACGAGACGGAUGCGCGACCCGAGAGGAAUGCUAUUCGCACCGUGGGUGAUGGGGCCUCUGGUCGGAUAAGUCAAACACCGUGGUUAAGCUCUCUACCCAAUAAUGGUGCACCUGGUGAUGCCUCCGCUUACUUGGAUGCGGAGAUCCAAGCUUUGCACCGCUACCUAGCGCCGAGCCCCGAUGAACAAAAUCAAGUUACUCAGCUGGGCGCGAUGGUGUCUGCAUUACUAGAACCCAUUGUCCCGCAGAAGCCAACACUCAUCGGAUCCCGCCGUACGGGUCUUGCGCUGGCGCAUUCAGACCUCGAUUUCCUCCUCCCCUUCGAAGAUCUCCCUCGGUCCUUGGACAGAACGCGCAGACCUAGUCCAACUCGUCCUCAAAUCCGAGAUGCACACUUGAAUUUGCUCCGCCAAGUGGAAACAGCCCUGCAGAAUACUCCGGAGUUUAAAGAUCAGGUCCGCUUAUCUGGGAAACGGAGUCUUGUCCUAGAGGCUCGACACCGUCCUACGGGGUUAUCGCUGCAGUUUUACUGUGGUGAACGUGUACCGGCGUUUACAGAGUAUUUGCAGGAUUAUCUGGUUGAGUAUCCAUCCCUGCGACCACUGUAUGCAACGACAAGAGCUUUACUCGAAGCUCGCGGUCUAUUUGGACCCUCGCAAGCGGGUAUCAGCCCUGAUGCUCUUGCCAUGCUGUUAGUUGCAUUUUUGAAGAUAAAUCACGGCCGUUUCCCUGGUCCGCACCGUCUCGGUGAUCAACUCCUUGCAUUCCUCCAGCUCUACGGCACGGAUGUUGACUUGCAAUCCGUCGGCGUUGCGGUCGAUCCUCCGGGCUUUUUUGACGCGGGUACCCUGCGCAACAUUGUGAUAGAAGAAUCAGCGUAUCUUCGCGGUCAACGGUCUCUCAUUGCUGCUAAGCGUACUGCUGCCGGGAGAGGGAAUCUACCUGCUAGUCGCCGGCUAUGUGUGCAGGAUCCAACCCAUUAUAUGAAUGACCUAGGUCGAUCGUGUACACGUACCCCCGAGUUGCAAAGUGUCUUCGCCACUGCGUAUGACCAACUUCGAUCGGCAUGUGACAGUUGGGAAAGCUCUCGAGAGGAGAGCUCGAUCCUGACCAAAGCCCUGCGGGCAAAGUUUGACGGGCUGGAGAAGAUGCGGGAGCAAAUUGUGCAUCCGCAGACCUGUUGA